AUGACAUUAGCAGAAGAAUCGAAGCCAUUUAUUUUCAAGAAUCCAGAAAUCAAAGAAAACGAACAUCCGGGAUGUAUUGUUCAAUUACCGUAUGGAUUUGGCCCUCUUCCUCCACAAGCUAAGAAUAAGAAGAUUUUCUAUUUCGAUAUCGACAACUGCUUGUAUAACAGAUCGACUAGAAUUCAUGAUAUGAUGGAGGUCAAGAUACAUAAAUAUUUUAAAGACAACUUGCAAUUAAAUGAUGAAGAUGCUCAUAAUUUACAUCUCAACUAUUAUAAAACAUACGGAUUGGCUAUUGAAGGGCUAGUGCGUAAUCAUGAGGUAAAUGCAAUGGAAUAUAAUGCAGUGGUCGAUGAUUCCUUGGAUUUGAAGUCAGUAUUAAAAUAUAAUAAGAGGUUGAGAGAGCUGUUGCAGCAUAUUAAGGAAAGUAAUGAUUUUGAUUACUUUUGGUUGGUGACCAAUGCCUACAAGAAUCAUGCCUUACGGGUCAUUUCAUUUCUAGGGUUGGGUGAUAUUUUUGAUGGUUUAACCUUCUGUGACUAUGCAUCUUGUCCAAUCCUCUGUAAACCAAUGAAUGAAUACUUUUACAACUGCUUUAAUCUAACGCAGGUAGACUACAAUGAUCAACAUGUGAUGUCUUACCAAUACUUUGUCGAUGAUAGUGAGAUAAAUGUAAAAGCUGCUCAUAAACUACACCUUGGUAAUGUUAUUCAUUUCAUUGAGCUUGACGCAGAUUACGAAAAAAUUAAAUCGAAGCCUGAUUUCUUCGAAUAUUACGGUAAAGGUGAUAACACUGACUCCUCAAAGAUUAGAAUUAUAAGAGAUAUUUUAGACUUAAAUAAAGUUUUAUAG